GAGGUCAGGGCCCGCUCAGCGCUCCGCUGCCCGCCCCGGGCCGGGGAUGCGCGACACGGCGGGAUGGAGGUGGAGGAGGCGUUCCCGCUGGUGGGGCAGAUGGGGCCCUACCAGGUGUAUCUGUGCGUCCUGCUGGCCGUGCUCCUCCAGCUCUAUGUGGCAACUGAAGCCAUCCUCAUUGCAUUGGUGGGGGCAACUCCUCCGUACCACUGGGAUCUGGAUUUGCUCUUGGCUAACCAGAGCCAUAGCAACCAGUCAGCGAGCGAGCAGAGAGCCUUUGGGGAAUGGCUCCUGACUGCCAAUGGCAGCGAGGUUCAUAAGCACGUACACUUCAGCAGCAGCUUCACAUCAAUAGUCUCUGAGUGGUUUUUAAUUGGCAACACGUCAUACAAAGUCAGUGCUGCCAGUUCUUUCUACUUCAGUGGUGUGUUUGUUGGAGCAAUCUCUUUUGGCCAGCUCUCAGAUCGCUUUGGAAGGAAGAAAGUCUAUCUCACAGGUUUUGCCCUUGACAUCUUGUUUGCCAUUGCAAAUGGAUUCUCACCCUCAUACGAAUUCUUUGCCGUGUCUCGAUUCUUGGUAGGGGUGAUGAAUGGUGGGAUGUCGCUGGUAGCCUUUGUUCUGCUGAAUGAGUGUGUGGGUACUGCCUACUGGGCAUUAGCAGGAUCUAUUGGUGGCUUGUUCUUUGCUGUGGGAAUUGCCCAGUAUGCUUUAUUGGGGUACUUCAUUCGCUCCUGGAGGACUCUGGCUGUUGUGGUUAACCUGGAAGGAACAGUAGUCUUUCUUCUCUCUCUAUUCAUUCCAGAGUCCCCCCGCUGGCUAUAUUCACAAGGCCGGCUGAGUGAAGCAGAAGAUGCCCUCUACCUCAUUGCAAAGAAGAACCGCAAGCAGAAGUAUACUUUUUCAUUAAAACUCCCUGCUGAGAGGAGCCCCAGAGAAGCUGGCAGUUUCUUGGACCUCUUCCGAUACAGGGUUCUCUUGGGACGCACCUUAAUCAUGAUGUUCACCUGGUUUGUGUGCAGCUUGGUUUAUUACGGGCUUACCCUUAAUGUGGGUGACUUAGGUGGAAACAUUUAUGCCAAUUUAGCCCUGUCAGGGUUGAUAGAAAUCCCAGCAUACCCGAUCUGUAUUUACUUGAUUAACCAAAAAUGGUUUGGUCGAAAGAGGACACUGAGUGCAUUUCUGUUCCUGGGAGGAUUGGCUUGUCUUAUUGUCAUGUUUCUUCCUAAAAAGAAAGAUACUGGAGUUUUUGCAGUGGUGAACAGUCGCUCACUUUCUUUGCUGGGAAAACUGACAAUCAGUGCUGCAUUUAACAUUGUCUACAUCUACACAUCAGAACUUUAUCCCACAGUGAUCAGGAAUGUUGGAAUGGGUGCCUGCUCCAUGUUUUCCCGUGUUGGUGGAAUCAUUGCUCCUUUUGUCCCUUCAUUGAAAUCUGUACAGUGGUCUCUGCCUUACAUUGUAUUUGGAGCAACUGGUUUAUUGUCUGGGCUCUUAAGUUUAUUGUUGCCUGAAACCUUGAACAGUCCUCUGCUAGAAACUAUUUCAGACCUACAGAUAUGCUCAUACUGGAGACUGGGGGAUGAAGCCAUGUCAUUACAAACUCUGGAUGGCUCGCAGUCUGGAGACAAGGACAAUUCUGUGGGAAGUGGAAGUGAAGAUGAGGAGUUUUAUGAUGCUGAUGAAGAGACCCAUAUGAUCAAGUAAUGAAAAGAAGAAACACAGACUUGUUCUCUUAUUUUUUUCUUACUUGUCCAGUCAGUCCAGCUCUGAGAUGAGAGUACUGGAAACCACCUGUCAGGGAAUGUAAUUGGGCAAGUGCCUGUGUCUUUCCUGAGUAGGAAGGGAGUUUAAAUACUGUUAAGAUUAAUUACACCACUGAUUCUUUUUAUGCGAGACAGCCAUUCAAAUACUUGUGGGUAGGAAUGAGAGAGAAUGCACAGACUGCAUUUGAAUGAUAGCAAGGGAAGGAUGAUGCGUUUCUGAAACACAGAAAAUUAUCAACUAUUUGUGCAGAUCAUCAGUGCGCACAUUUGUAUUUUCAGGGUGGUUGGUUUUGAGUCAUCCUAAACUGAUGAACUUGACAAUAUUCACUUUUUUAUUUCUGUGGAGUGAAAGUGGUCCCACAGUAUUUUGUGUGCUACCCCAGGAGGAACAAACUUAUGAAAUUGUAUGUUAAAAUAGCUUUUACAUAUUGUGUGGGGUAGAGGCAACUAUGAACAUAAGGUUUCUCCUUCAGCAUGUGGACACCUGUGUAGAAUUGCAGGGUACAGCUGAUCAGUUCAUUAUCUAUCCGUGAACUCUGUGAUGGUGAAAGGCUGGAAAUAGUCCAUGACAUCUGUAGAUAUAGAGGAUGUUGCUGAUUUCUCUCUCCUCUAUCCACCAAACAUUCUCUUGGGCUGCCUUAUGCAUAGAUUUGCCACGUUUCCCACAUCUCAGAACUGCUGUUUGUAGCUUUGCCUACUUUUACUUUGUCUUCACUUUUCUAUAAAUAUUAAAGCUUAGCAGCUUCUCUGCCUGUGCAGUGAAGUAACUGUUUAAGGAUAUAAUUUCAUGAGUGGUACACAGGUGAGGUCUUUAGCACAUACUUUGUAAUGUGAAGUGUGUUUUUAGGGUAUUUAGCUCAUUUCUAUGGACCUAUCUGCAUCUUUAUUUGUGGAAGAAACUUAAUGCUUAAGUGACAAGUGGAGCUAUGGGCUGCUGUUACAAUUUGUGGGAUUAUUACCAGAAAGCUGCUAAUAUCUAUUUAAAAUUCCUUUGUUAGGUAAUGCUCUUAAACUCUUUAAGCCAGUGUUUACUUGAUUACUUGACCUUGUUGAGGAAGACAACUUCAUUCUUUAGUUUACACUACACUUUGUUUUGUUAGAAAGAUACAAGAUCUUGAAAUAUGAACAAGUGCAAUGUUGUGACUGAAAAAUAAGGCCUUAGGAAGGUUCAACUUUCAUCCUCUAACCACUUGCUUGCUAUUUAUUAAGAUUGGUUUCCAUAAGUUGUUUGCUAGCUUUUAUACUUGAAGUUACUAACAAAGUUCUGUGUAGUGACUGAGAAGAGCUGUCCGCCUAGGUGGCCAUUUUUUUGUGAGUAGUAGAUUUAGAAAAUGGAAUUAAAAAACAAAGAGAAGAGCUGUCAGCUGAAUUUCUUCGUUAAACUGGGAAGUUCAUUUACUCUGAAAGGAAGUGAAACUGAACAGCAUCUGAAGGUUACAGCUAGCUGCUUGACCUUUGUUCGUUGGAACUGUAGCACUGAGGAAAAUGCAACUACCCUGCUUGGUGUAGCAGAAAGACCAGAGGCUACAGAUUGAAACGUGUAGUACUCCCACUUGAUCUGAAUUUGAUUCAGGCAUUGGCUGUGAGCAGAGUAGGGAACUUGAGUCCGUGUGGACAAAGCGCCUUCACUUUUUCUUCCAGACUGCUGCAUAGUUGUAACAAGGCACUUUUAAUCCCGGCUGGAUAUUCUUUCUGCCUAUAUUUGGCCCUUAUGUGUGCUUGAAAAUUUGUCUAAAUAAGGUACUUGGAAAAGCUUGGAAUGUUUGAGUAUAUUUAUUCAAAGAUAUUUUUAGUUCUGUAUUCACAUUUUGAAUUAUGGAUAGUUGGAAAAGUAUCAGGUUUGGUUUUGUUGUUGAUGACUUCUGAAGACAUAAAGCCUGCUUACUUGAAAGCAAACAGUGGUAAGCCUGGCAUUAUUAGCAUGCUGCCAAAAUCCAGCAUAUUUUUAGGUGCUUAUUUUCCCUUCUUGUAUGGUACACAGGGUAAGUUCCCUUGAGAGGUGAACAGGAACUGUUAGCCAUUCUUUGUCCAUAGCCUGUGUGUCAUCCAUUGUCUGUUACUCAACAGCAGUCAUGCCACAGGACAUCGUGCCCACAUACUUCUCAGCAGGAAGAGUAGGAUGUAACAGUUCAGGUGGGGAGGUUACUUUGCAGAACCUGAGUGGGGUUUCUGUGGUUCUUCGAUUUUUAAUCAGUCUUCAGCUUGUUAUCAAACUUCUCCAUUCAUGCACUUUUUAUAUUGUAAGUGUAGAUGUAAAAAUUCAAAAAUGAGAGUGAAGAAAGUGUAUUUUUUUGUUUGGUAAGUUACUGUGCUUUAUUUUAGAAAUAUAGGAAUACUUUCCUUCAGCUGAAGGAUGGUGUACUGAUUAUCUUUCCUGCUCUUAGAGCUUCCUCUAAUCAUGCUCUCUGACAUACAGCUGAAUCUAGGCAUCUGUGCAUGCAAUUUGUGAACAUGAUGGUAAAUGUAUCUGAAGACCUCAUGAGCAGCAGUACUGACGUUUGAUGGUAGAAGUCAGUCUGGCCUGAUAUAGUCAACGCCUGUGUCAGAAAUGUCUAUAUGCAGCUGUUUACCAAACAGGACAGUUAUUUAUAGGUGUAUUUUGAGUCUCAUUGCUUGUAUCUUGCUGCAAGAUGUAGUAAGUGAAGGAAAGACUUGUGUAAGAAAACCUAAGUGACAUCUGAGUGUAGAACUGGAGUGUGAACAAACUUGCACAGAAUUUUCCAGGCCAUUCUUUUCCAGUGCCUUGUCCAGUGUAUGUUAACCUUACCCAGGUUAUCCAGGUGCUACAGUUAUUUCAUUCUAAUAGAGGUGUGCAGAAUUUUCAUCCUGACAGUCUGAAUUUACUGAACUUUCUCAUUUGUGUUUUGGUACUACUAACUCCUGCCAUUCCUGGGAAAAAAACUCUUGUGUUGCCUAAUGGAGGGUGGAUUUUUUUUCUGCUCUAAUUUAUUGGGCCUGUAUCAUGAAAGGCUUUUUAAUUUCCUCAAUCAACUUGAUAUGGGACUGUGUGUAAAGUAACAUCAUAGAAGUGGAUGAUGUAAGUGUCAAAGACUGCUUUUGCUGGAAAGCAACAGUGUGAGACUAGUUCUAGCUGCAUUCAUUUGGAAUUCUCCCAUGCAACCUGCCAAAACUGGUACUUACAAGCAUCUCCAGAGCUUUAGGGACAGAAAGUUACCUUUUUUUGCUCAUCUUUCCUUUUUCAGUUCACUUAAAUAUUUCAUGUUUUCUGAAAGAACAAAGUGUAGGAUUUGUAGAAGAGGCUGAAUAUGCACCGCUUGUCAGUUAGAGAAAUCUGCAGCGCCUGUUUGCUUCUGAGUUGCAAAUGCCAAAGCUUAUUCUCAAAGAUUGAUAAAAUCUGCUAAAAACUGCACACUGGAAUUGUAGUUCAGUCAUCGGCCUUACAAAUUAGCAUUGCCAAUAGUGGCUUGCCUACAGCAUUGUGGGAUAUAGCAGAUUUUUAUAAAAGGUGCAGCUUGAAGCAUCACUAAAUAGUAACUUCUGUAGUUUAACUCCCUACUACAACUGCAAAAUUCAGUGCAAGUCAGCUCUAUCGUGGCAGGUUUUUUUGCCAGCAAAUGGGCAAGUGUGUAAAUGUUUGUGCAGCAGGAGGUGGGUGUCAUCAGAGGAGUGGUUUAGAGGAAGUAAUCUGCGUUCUCCACUGCAUAUGCAGAAUGAAGUAAGGCCAUGAUGUGUCAGGACCUUCUCUUCCAUAGAAAGCUCAUAGAAUGGAGUGCAUUUAAACAACUGCUUGCCCGUCUUCAGUUACAGAAGGUUUUAGAGAAUAAAGAUCUUUUGCAUGCAAGUUAAUGCUUACCAACACAUCUGAGAUGCUUAUAUCUGCUGCAGCAGGCAGGCAAAAAAAAAAAAAGUGGCAAUAAGAAUAUCUUUGCCAAUACUUGAACAGUUAUUUUUUUCUUAUAGAUGUCCCAGUAGAAGAAUCUAGUACAGCCAUGUUCAAACAAAAUGUUUUAAAAUGAUGGAAACUUGACUGGGAGACAGACAUUUCUGAUAGCAGCUUGCAGGGGAAACAAAUCAUUGUUUCAUACUGAUUAAAAGCUUUCUAACGUAGAACUGACAGCGCUGAGUGCUUUGUAGUCAAAGAGUUCAUUGCAGUUGCAGUGAUGUCACAUAUGACUCCAAAUGUCUAUUUUUCACUACUAGACUCACCUCACUCCCCGAAGUUUAAUCCAGUUUUCCAUCGGUUCUUGUUAAAAAUAGGAAGGUCUUGUAGAAACCAGGAAUAUAUUUUUCAUAUGGAUACAUUUAUUGCACUACUUCCCCUCUUGAAUCUAAUUUUACUUUCAUUUUUUAAGCUACUACCUCCUUAUGUUGAGCUUUUUUGUCACUUCUGUACGUAAUAGAUUUUUAGAUAAUAUAAAAUAUUUCCUUUUUUUAAUUUAUGUAGUAAUCUGUGAUUUAAACAGAAGGAAGACUUGUGCUUUUUAAAGCUUUAUUGAAAGGCUUUUUAAAAUUAGCUUAAAAUGCUUAUGCUUUAGGAGGACCAGAAUUGUUGCACCUUCAGAAUGUGGGUUCUCUUGUGUUCGCUGUUGUUAAGGGCAAAAUUAAUGGCAAGUAACCUUUAAUUUUGUACUAAUCUUAAUUGAGGGGAUAACUUGUGGGGAAGAAAGUUUUGAGUUGGAGAAUUUAACUUAUUGCCAAUUAAAGAGCUUUUAUUUAUUGCUGUUGAUAUUGCAAGGGGAGAAAAAUAAUUGGGGGAAACACUGCUGCUUCUCUGUGGACACUUCCAUUGCCACCUUGGCUGGAUAUUACUCUCGGUUCCUUCAGCAAGGCAACAAGUAGCUCAGGAAAUUGGGAUCAGCACAUCGUACUAACUGUCUUUCCUUGCUCCUUAUUUCUUAUUCAGCUGCUCUACUGUGGGUUUCCUGACUGGAUUCAGUGCCCUCUAGAGCUGCAUCUCCUUCUAAGUCUCAUUCUCUCAGCCCCUGCUUGGGCUACAGUUCUUUUUUGGCAUUUCUUCUGCCCUGCUGUCACCCCCCUUUCUCUCAUCCUGUGCUGGCAUAGUCUUUUUCUUUUUCCCUCCUCCUUCUAUAAUAUUGUCUUUUUUUUUCUUAAAUAUGCUUUUAAAUAUGCAGAUGUGCCACAACCUCCUCUGUCUGUCUGCAGCAUUGGGAUGGAAUGGGUCAGUGCCUAGUGUCCCAAAGAGGCAAUGGGCCCAAACUGAAAGGCAGGAGGAUCUGCCUAAGCAUAGGGAAACAUUUUUCCUCCUCCUUUUUUUUUUUUUCCUCCUCCUUUUUUUUUUUUUCCUCCUCCUUUUUUUUUUUUUUCCUCCUCCUUUUUUUUUUUUUUCCUCCUCCUUUUUUUUUUUUUUCCUCCUCCUUUUUUUUUUUUUUUCCUCCUCCUUUUUUUACUGCCAGGAUAACCUAUCACUGCCACAGGUGACCAGAGAGGUUGUGGAGUCCUUGGCAAUGUUCAAAAGCCAUCAGGACAAGGUCCAGGGCAACCAGCUUUAUGGGACCCUAGAUGAUCUCCGCUACCAAAACUCUUGACAGGUGCACCUAAUACAUGACCCCACAGUGCUUUCUUUCAGAUCGAGUCCUUACAGGGCUGACAGUUACUACGAGCAAAACUUGGUACUGUAUUCCCUUUCUGUGUUACUAUGGUCUUAGGUCAAAUAAAUGAGAUUCCUAAGGACAUAACCAGACAUUUAUAGCCAAGUUCUGUGUCUGGUUACGUGUUUGUAUUCUCACUGAUUUCAGAAGACAGAUCUUAGAUUUCCACUUGACCAGAGGAGCAGCCAAAGGGGUAAACUUCCUUCUCUCUGCUUAAGCCUUCAUCAUCAUGAAAUCAAAUCUUUCUAUAGUCUCUGUAUCUUGUAGAUGUAAAGUCCUGGUCAGCUCAGAGUUGAGUAACAGAAAAGAGGCAGUACAGGGAAUUGAUUUUUGUUUGCAGCGGUGAAUCGAGUUGUAUAUAGACGGUGUGUGUAUUUUUAAACAUUAUGGGGGUGACUUGAAUACUGACUGUUAGGAGCCUUCCAAUGUUAAAACACGGACUGAUAAAUUUCAGAGUACUUCUUUAAUUGUAUUGGUGCGCUGUCAUUAAUUCAAAGUUGUGCUGAUGAGAAGUCUCUGUUUAGAAUACUUGAUCUGAGAAGCCACAGUUAAAGCAUCAUGAGCUUUUCCAUUAUAGACAUUUUAUGGAAUUAUGUCUGUACUUUCUGUGAACAGUUGUUGGGUCCAUCUCUUUUCAAGAUGUUCUUAACCCUAAGCAAGGGACCAUAGCAACAAGUGUAGAAAUAUUCGGAGUAAUUGCACUUAUCUGUUUUGUUUUCUUAAUGUAAGUCCUAUGCACACUGCCUGACCCAUCUGUACUGUGCUUCACUGGUGGUACUAAGGGUAAAUAUCAGGUUUUUAAUUUAUAAAAUCUAAAAUUAUUAUUUUUUAAAUAAUAAUAAUUCUGUAGUAUUAGGUAUUUAUUCCAAGAUAGAGAGAGAUGAUGGUAAGCCCAGGUGAAUUUAAUCAGAAAUUAAUAUUGGUGGUCUUUAUUCUCAGUUAAUUUCUGAAUGGUUUUGAUCAUUUGAAAUAAAUAUAAUAUUUUAAGAUUUUUGUAGAGGAAAGCUCACCUUUGGGUGACUGGUAACAGCUCUGAUACUGCCUCUAUGACACGUGUACUUCAUAUAACGUCUUUGUAACUUAUUUUGUGCCUUUUCUUCCCCCGACACAAAAAUCUCUCAAUAAAAACAAACUCUUUUGGAACACUGUAAA